CUUGUCUGAUCGGAUUUCGGACGCACAUCAGACGAGAACUUAUCGCAGGUGGGUUAGUGAAACCUCCCCCUCCAGGAACCAAAAUUCAGUGGGAUUACCCCUUUAUAGCGCCGAACCGCUCCUGUGCGCAUGUCGAGCGACCUACACACUAAAAGCACUAAACAGGCCAGAAUCCGAAUCCGAAUCCGAACACGAGCACACGACUCACCCAUAUACACUAUAUACGUAUAGCCACUGCACCGCCGAGGAGUUUUCGCGGUUCUCGGUGGUUAGUUGAGCGUUUGGUGGCACUGCGAGCGGACAGAGAGCGUUGUGGAAAAGCAGAAAACCAGAAAAGCGGAAAAGCUGGCCACUGCGACAAAGGUUAACAGCGACAACAACACACAAAACGACAACAAAGGGAAAACGCAUCUAAGCUGGAGGAGAGUUUCGAAAAAAAAAAUCAAGCCCAGACCAACGCACUUUGGGUUUCUUUGUUACAAACGUUUUUAACAUUGAAGCACUUCGAAAUCAACAAAAAAAAGAGACUCGAAUUAGUGCGCAAUAAUUAACAGUAGAAAACAAAUACAACGAAACGUGCGCAAUAAUUUGUUUAAAAUCAAUGAAGACUGCAACUGCGCAAAACUGAAAAAUUGCAUCAUAGCCAGCACACAGAACGGUACGGGCUAGGAAAAAUUCGUAUGAGCUUGGAAAAGUGGAAAAUCAAUAGGGGGGGGACCAAAAAAGAAAAAAACCCCAUCUAAACACACAUCCCAUAUAAACUAUACCCCUCCGAGGGAAGUGCAUUUCGCCAUGCCUUCGCUGCUGGAGGCGCUGGAGCGCAAGUAUUUCGCAGAAUGCGAAUUCGAGAAUGCCCACCAACCGGAACUCCACAAGCGGAGUGACCUGCCCAAUGACUUUACGGUCACCAAGUGCGGCGGACGCAUGGAGUUCUCCAUCUUCAUACCCCGGCUAUCGCCCCUGACCAGUGUGCCAGCACUGUUGGUCCUCAAUGACUGCGACAUCGAUUCGGCUGGGGACUUCGAGAGCAUCCGGGAGAAGUGCCAGCGGGUUAGGGAACUGGAUCUGGCCCAGAACAAGCUGAGCGACUGGUCGGAGGUCUUCAGCAUUCUGGAGCACAUGCCGCGCAUCGAGUUCCUCAACCUGAGCAAGAACCAGCUGGCCAGUCCGAUUAGCACCUUGCCCACGGCCCCGACGAUUAAUCUCAAGAGCCUGGUGCUGAAUGGCACCUACCUGGACUGGGCCUGUGUGGACACACUGCUGAAGCACCUGCCCGUGCUGCAGGAACUGCAUCUCAGCCUGAACAACUACAGGCAGGUGCUGAUCGAUGCCGAGGAGGCGGAACAGCGACUGCAGCAGGAGGAAACGCCCGAGGAGACGGAGCGGCGUAUAACCAAGGCCCAUCCCGCCCUCAAGACCCUGCACUUCACCGGCAAUCCCGUCGAGCAUUGGCAGGAGAUCUGUCGGCUGGGCCGGUUGUUUCCCAAUCUGGAGGCCCUGGUCCUGGCCGAUUGUCCCAUACGAACGCUGCAGGCCGAGGAGAGCGGCGGCGAGACCCACAAGUACUUCCCCAGUCUGAGGCUACUGAAUCUCAGUUCCGCCCAACUGGACAGCUGGACGGCCAUUGAUCAGUUGGCCAAGUUUGGACAGCUACGUAAUCUCCGCGUGAAACACUGGCCCCUGUGGGAGAGUCUGGAGUGCACGGAGCACGAGAGGAGGCAGCUGCUCAUAGCCCGACUGCCCAAUGUGGAGAUGCUCAAUGGCGGGGGCAAGAUCAGCAGCGAUGAGCGGGUGGAUUCCGAGAGGGCCUUUGUGCGUUACUAUAUGGACAAGCCGGAGGAUGAGAGACCCGAGCGGUACGAGGAGCUCCAGCGCAUCCAUGGCAAGCUGGAUCCCCUGGUGAAUGUGAGCCUGAAGCCGGACAAGCGGGUCAAGGUCCUGUUCACGUACAACGAUGUCAGUGAGAGUCGGUUCGUGGACAUAUAUCUGACCGUCAACGAUCUGAAGGUGAAGCUGGAGAAACUAGUUAGCCUGGCGCCUAAUAAGAUGCGGCUCUACUAUCUGGAUCAGGACUACAAGGAGUUCGGGCCCGAGGAGAUGAGGUUCCCCAACAAGCAGUUGUACAGCUAUAACAUCCAGUCGGGCGACGAGAUCAUCAUCGAUGCCAAGAAGUGAGGCGGGUUAAGGGCCCCCCGUAAUCCUUCCCGAAGCUGGAGAGGAUUAGCAUUGCCCCCGCCUGGUGCUACAAUUUGUGAUCUUGUACGCGAUUCAUCUAUACUUAACGUACUCUACUGCUACUGUUAAUGCUGUUCUGUUCUCCCCAGCCAACCACUUUGUAAAUACGUUCUUGAGAAACGGCCAAGCGAACAUUAUUGCGCACCCACAUCGUAUAUUUUAAUUACUGCCUAACCUAAGCCACACACACACAAAAAUACAAAACUAUAAAAUACAAAACUAUAAAAUACAAAAUACAAUACAAAAGAAUACAAAAAAAAACAAGCAAGAAUGCAUUAAACAAUUUUAAAAUUUA